AUGGAGAGAGAAAAGAGGAAUGACACGUCCUUCUCCAGGAAGAGAAGUUUCACUUUUGGGGCGUAUGGAGGUGUGGACAGAUUCACAUGUGGAGAUGAAACAAGACCUGAAUCUGCAGAAGACAACAUACUGGACAUCCUGGACUCUCCUGCCAGUGAGAGCAAGCCUUUCCUCUCAUCCAGCAGCAACCAGAAGGACACAGAGCUGUUUGAAAUCAUUGAAAAGCUGCAGGGCAGCAGGAUCGAUGAGCAGCGGUGUGAAUUCCCUCUGCCUCUGAAGUCUCAGCUUUUAACAAUAGGUGGAGAACUGCCGCUCAUUCUCCCUUCAAAGUCAGGGGGCUACUGGAUAGACCCCUCACUGGAGAGGCUUGUAGAUGUGAGUCCAACCUCUUCCCACCAUGGCCUUGAUCCAGAGAGCUACGACAUCAUGGAAAGAGACAGAGAGGCCAAAAUCUACCACGAGUUCUUCUGCUCAAGGUACCAUCAUUCAUUCACAGCAGUGGAUGCAUCUCUGGGGCCGCUGGUUCUCUCUGUGUGUUUGGAGGAAGAGGAGAAUAAGCUACGGGUGAUACUAAGAAUGAAGGAGUGCUCUUUGCAUGGGGUUUUCUCCGUGUCUCUCUUCCCUAACAUCCCAUCUGCUGUUGAAUUAGCAAAGAUGCUCUGUGACAGAGUGACUGUCUCAAAGUUUGAAGUGGUCAGCUACCUCAAGGCUCCAGAACUCAUAACUGCAUUUGAUGAACACAGAGUGUCUCCUAAUUUCAAGUUUGGCGUUUUGUACCAGAAGGAUGGGCAGUUCACCGAGGAGGACAUACUCAGUAACAACGACGAAAGCGAAGAGUUUAAAGAGUUCCUGUCCGUUUUGGGAGAGACAAUUCAGCUGCAAGGCUUUACCGGGUUCAGGGGUGGACUGGAUGUGUGUCAUGGUCAGACAGGAAGUGAAGCAGUCUUCACUUCCUUUCAUGGAAGAGAAAUCAUCUUCCAUGUUGCAACUAAACUGCCUUUCACAGAGGGGGACCAACAGCAGUUACAAAGAAAAAGACACAUUGGUAAUGACAUUGUAGCUUUGGUCUACCAGGAGGGCCAAACCCCUUUUCUAUCUGAUGUUAUCAAGUCUCACUUUCUGCACUGUUUCGUGGUGGUGCGGAGGAUUCAGAGGGGGGAGGAGACAGGUGGAGCUGCGUACCAGGUGUGUGUCACAGCCAGAGAGGAUGUUCCUCCUUUUGGUCCAGUCAUCCCACAUCCUCCCGUCUUCACAGAUCGCUCUGUCUUGAGAGAAUUCCUUCUGACCAAGCUCAUCAAUGCAGAGAUUUCCUGCUAUAAGGCUGAGCGCUUCAGCAAAUUAGAGCUCCGGACUCGUUCGUCGCUCCUAGAGAGCUUGCAGGCUGAACUCUCCACUCGUUCCCAGUGCAUGAUGGGGGAUCCAUCACUCUCUGCUUUCCCCUCUUCUGAGGGUGUACGGGGGGCAUCUGAGGGGAGCGGAGGAUUCAUUGAAAAUUUUAAGAGAGCCAUCAGAGUCCGGAGCCAUUCUUUUGAGACUCUUGGAGUACCCAGGAAGACAGGUAGCAGUGCAUCACAGAAGCCAAAGACAGAGAAAGAUGGAGAGAGUGACAAAUCUCCCGCUGACAGUUUGGGACCAGCUGAAGUCAAAGAUCAAGCAAGUCCUCAAGAGGAGACAUAG